AAAUUCUUCCGCACUUCCUGUGUGUCGAGUUGGCAAAAUGGCCAGACUUUUUCUUGCCGGUCUUCUGUUUUCUACAGUUUUGCUUGCAUUUUGCAAUGCAAAUAAAAAGACUUUAGUUCUCCUUGAUAACUGGUCAUUGAGAGAGACGCAUUCCAUAUUCUUUCGUUCCCUACGAGAUGAAGGCUAUGAGCUAUCCUUUAAGGCAGCUGAUGAUGCUGGUUUAAGCCUGUCCAAGUAUGGAGAAUUCCUCUAUUCCAACCUUGUUAUCUUUGCCCCAUCUGUGGAGGAGUUUGGAGGAGGCCUGGAUGUGUCAGCAAUCACCAACUUCAUUGACAAUGGUGGAAAUGUGAUGGUUGCUGCCAGCUCGGCUGUAGGUGAUCCUCUACGGGAACUUGCCACAGAGUGCGGCCUAGAGUUUGAUGAUGAAAACACCGCUGUCAUUGACCACCUCAACUAUGAUGUCUCUGAUGAGGGCAAGCAUACAACCAUUGUGGCAGACUCUGAGUACCUUCUGGAUGCCCCAAUCAUUGUGGGCAAGAAGUCCCCCGCCCCAUACCUUUUCAAGGGUGUUGGGAUGGUAGCUGACCCUGAUAAUCCGCUGGUUCUGCCACUUCUUCAUGCCUCCUCAAAUGCAUACAGCUACCAGCCGGACUUGCCAGUGGAUGAUUACCCACUUGCCGUGGGAACUAACACCCUGCUAGUAGCCGCUCUCCAGGCCCGUAACAACGCCAGGGUUGUGUUUGUGGGCUCCCUGGACUUUUUUAGUGACGAAUUUUUCUCCUCUUCUGUGCAGAAGGCACAAGGUGGCAAGAAGUACGGGAAGGCAGGAAACCAGGAACUGGCUCUCAAUCUGGCCAACUGGGUGUUCAGGUCCCGUGGAGUGUUAAGAGUGGGUGAGGUGAAACACCACAAACAAGGGGAGAAGGAACCACCACAGGCAUACACCAUCUUUGACAUGGUGGAUUACUCCAUUGAGAUUGAGGAGCUGAAGGAUGACAAAUGGCAGCCAUUUAAUGGCAAGGACGUGCAGCUGGAGUUUGUCCGUAUCGACCCAUUUGUCCGCACAACCCUGGGAAACAAGAACGGCAAGUUCCACACGACAUUCAAGCUGCCAGACGUGUACGGCGUGUAUCAGUUCCGGGUGGAUUACAACAGGAUGGGAUACACACAUUUGUUCAGCACUACUCAGGUGUCGGUGCGCCCCCUGGAGCACACGCAGUAUGAGCGCUUCAUCCCGACGGCCUACCCAUAUUAUGUCAGUGCCUUCUCCAUGAUGGUGGGCGUCUGCUUGUUCAGUAUUGUAUUCCUACACUUCAAGGAGGAGAGUAAAGAAAAACGAGACUAGUGCUACACCAUUUCCUAUAGCUUCAUUUACCUAAUUCAAACAUUUUUGAGCAUAUGAAUGUGGUGAUGAGUUGUUUCUGCAUCUUGAGUGACAUCAUUUUCGCUAGGUUCAUUCAAUUGGAUUUAAAAAAAAAGCUUGAGCGAUUUCAUAUUGUUCUGUAGAGUUUUAUUUAGAUAGUAUAUAAGACUAGAACACUGAUUUUACCCUGCAAAUCCAUCAAAUAAACAUGUUAAUGUCUAAGACUAAAUAUGUAUGCAGAAAUAAUUGUAAAAACAUGCUUAACAUAAAUCCAUUCUUAUUGCUGCUAUGUCUCCUACAUAACAACAACCAACAGCCAGCAUUGUCAUUAAGUUUGUGAUAUCUUGUAAUUGACGUACCAAAAUAAAUAACUGAAAUGAA